CUCCCUACCGCGUGCCUCCUCCCCUCCCCCUCGCCUCCCUCCUCUCCAGCGGCAGUAGCAGUAGCCGCUUUAGCAGAGACGGAGAUGGGCAGAGAGCGCGCGAGGCGCAGCAGCUUCAGAUCCUCGGCUCUCCCCGCCCUCAGUUCCCUGCGCCCCCGCUGUCUCUGCCUUGGCGUCCCCCGACUCCAGUUCCGCUCCUAGGACAGCGCCGCCACCGCCGCCCGGCCCUGCCUGCAGCCUGCGCCGCGCAACCCUCGCGUGCGCCCGGGAUGGCGCUUUCCCCCCAGGACUGGUUUAGAAUGUAAUAACUCAAGAAUUCGAUAACACAGUGGAAUAGUUUAACAACUGUUUAUGUGCUUCCCAUGAUAUGUUCUCUGUAUUAGAAUGUGAUUGCUCUGUAGCUACACUACAGAGAGCAAAGAAAACACUUCACAGUGAACCAGUCCUCUUAGGCAAAACACUGUGGAGUGAAUAUUUAUAUUGGGACUAUUUAAAAUUAAAAGACCAUUCCUCUGGCUCUCAAUUCCUGGACAUUAUAGUGUAGAAGAUAAAUCCUGGAGCUCAUCAAAGAGAAAGAAACAUUGCCUCUCCAAGGCCAUAACCCCAUCAACCUGGUUCUCCUUCCCAGAUAGCACAUCCAGCUCUGUAUUUAUUUUACUUUAUUGAGUAAAGAAAAAAUUAUGACAUCAACAUCCAAAGGAAUUCUCCGCCCAUUUUUAAUUGUCUGCAUUAUCUUGGGCUGCUUCAUGGCAUGUCUGCUUAUUUACAUCAAGCCCACCAACAGCUGGAUUUUCAGCCCAAUGGAGUCAGCCAGCUCAGUGCUAAAAAUGAAAAAUUUCUUCUCCACCAAAACUGAUUAUUUUAAUGAAACUACUAUUCUGGUGUGGGUGUGGCCAUUUGGGCAAACCUUUGACCUUACAUCCUGCCAAGCAAUGUUCAAUAUCCAAGGAUGUCAUCUCACAACAGACCGUUCACUGUACAACAAAUCUCACGCAGUCUUGAUACAUCACCGAGACAUCAGUUGGGAUCUGACUAAUUUACCUCAGCAGGCCAGACCGCCCUUCCAGAAAUGGAUUUGGAUGAAUUUGGAAUCACCAACUCAUACUCCCCAGAAGAGUGGUAUUGAGCAUCUGUUCAACCUGACUCUGACCUACCGCCGUGACUCAGAUAUCCAAGUGCCUUAUGGCUUCUUGACGGUGAGCACAAACCCCUUCGUGUUUGAAGUGCCAAGCAAAGAGAAGUUGGUGUGUUGGGUUGUAAGUAACUGGAACCCUGAACAUGCCAGGGUCAAGUAUUACAAUGAGCUAAGCAAAAGUAUUGAAAUCCACACCUAUGGGCAAGCAUUUGGAGAAUAUGUGAAUGAUAAAAAUUUGAUUCCUACCAUCUCUACUUGUAAAUUUUAUCUCUCUUUUGAAAACUCAAUCCACAAAGAUUACAUCACAGAAAAGCUCUACAAUGCUUUUUUGGCUGGCUCUGUACCUGUUGUUCUGGGACCAUCUAGGGAAAACUAUGAGAAUUAUAUUCCAGCGGAUUCGUUCAUUCAUGUGGAAGAUUAUAACUCUCCCAGUGAGCUAGCCAAGUAUCUGAAGGAAGUCGACAAAAACAAUAAGUUAUACCUUAGUUACUUUAACUGGAGGAAAGAUUUCACUGUAAAUCUUCCACGGUUUUGGGAAUCACAUGCAUGCUUGGCUUGUGAUCACGUAAAAAGGCAUCAAGAAUACAAGUCGGUUGGCAAUUUAGAGAAAUGGUUUUGGAAUUAAAGUUUUUCCAUCAUCUGCACAUUUAGUAAAAUACUUUGAUGAGAUAUCAUCCAAAAUUUGAGGAUACGAAGAAAAACACCACUGUUUUCAUGUCACAACUUAUUUUUAUCACUUUCUCUCCGGUAACAUGUAUAUUUUGAUGAAGAUUUUUAAGAGCCUCAGCAUUAGCUAUCAUUCCAUUUGGUUUUAAAUUAUCCUGUAUAUACCUAAUUAUGUGCACUGAAAAAAUAAUUUAUUCUUCACUAUCAUUUAUAAACAUUCUUUUUCAUAUUUUUGUAGUACUCUAUAAUAUGUUUAUGAUUUGAUUGUUCUUUUUACACUGAUCAUCUCUUUAAUCAUUUUGGGAAAUUAAGAUGCAAUCUUAAAAUAUGAAAGAUUUUGCUAAAUAUUAUAAUCUCUAGUUCCAAGUUGGAAAAACGUUAACAAAGAAAGAAUGUAUAUAAUCAAAUUAUAACCUCUAAGACUUCAGAGUCAAACAAAGUGUGUAUCUAUCUAUCUGAUCAGUGUUUAUCUGUUUGGGGCAUUUGCAAAGAAAAUUAUUUAUGUAUUGAAUAUGAAAGAUAGAAGCAGAACUAUUCUAUUCAGGGAGCUGUUAGAUCUCUGUUUUAUUUUCAUUAAUUUGACAUGCAAAUGUAACCACCUAUUCUCAUGAUCUUAAUUUUAAGUCUUCAAGAAUUAUUAAAUAUCCAAUUUGUUAUGAUUUUUCAGUGCCCAGAAAAUAAUCCUAAUAACACUUAAUAGGAUCUAGGAUAGUGCUCUUUCCAAUCCUAAUAACACUCACUUUUAAAACAUAGCAAAUGAUUUCCUCAAAUAAGAAUGAAACAUAUAUCUAUAGGUACAUCAUAUUCAUAAAUGGUACUAUUUAUGUUUAAUUUUUAAUUACUUAUCAAUUUAAAAUAUUUUUUUCUGAAGCCCAAAUAUUUAAAAUAGUUUUAUUUUACUAUAUGGACAAAUAAAUAGACAUAACAUUUGAAAGAUCUCUCCCGUCACUUAAGAGAAUCUAAAUAAACUAUCAUUAAUGUAUGAAGUAUAAGUGGAUAAAUAUGAUAAAAUGAGGAUCUACAGGAAACACAUUGUUAUCAACACAGAGUAAGAUCUAGAUACAUAUUUGUUAAAUGAAGAGAUAAUGGCAUUGAAAGUCACAGGGAAAUAUUUGUUUCAGUGAAGUGACAGUUCUAGCCUAGUGGUACUAAUUUAUGGAGAUGAUGUUUUAUAUACCAUUUCAGUAAUUAUUCAUAUUUAGCACAUAUGACUAGGGUCUUCAGGGCUUUAUAGAACCAACAUAAUCCUAUCAUGACACUAAACUUUUGGAGAAAUUUAUCGCUGAACUUUCAUCUGCCUACAGCAUUUCUCCCUAUAGUGUUAGAGAAAGGAAGAGCUAGAUAGAAGCAGAAAUAGUGGGUAAGAAAAGUCAGAUGUUAAAGAUUCUUCAAGGAAAGCAUUCUGCAAAGGAAUAUCCAGUGAUUUUAUUCCAUUUUAUCCAAAGAUCAUAAAAGAGAUUACAUAGUUCUGAUGGUAUCCACUUUGAUGUAUUUGUGACUUAUUUUAAUCAUAUUUCUGCAUGUUGGUAUUCUGCAUUCAACCCCACAAUUUUAUACACCACAUAGAAAAUAGAGAUAAAUUUCAAUUCAGUAAGAAGGAAGUAUGCCCAACAAUCAUGACUGCCUUAUGGAGAGAAUGAACUCUCCCUAGCACUGGAAGGAUUUGAGCAAAGGAAGUUGCUUGCAUUGAACAGAGGAUGGUUUCUUCCCCAGUUUCAUUUCUUUAGUCACAGUGAAUAGGCACUUGGUAUCAGGCAGUUCCACAGCCAGCACAGAAAGAUGAAAAGGGUGCUAUCAUUGCCUUAAAAGGAACUCACAAUUAAGCAGAGGGAUAAAGGAAAGCUUCCUUUCAAUUCCAGCCUGAGUCUGUUUAUACACAUACUACUCUCAACAGAGUUUAUAUGGAUCACUGUUGAUUUAAUGAAAAAUAAAAUAAGACACGUUAGCAAAGUUUCCCAGUUGUUUAGUAACUUGACAUGUUUCUCAGCUGAAAACUUUGUCUACGCAUUUGGUUCCCUUUAUAUUACCUUUUUUUCCCCAUAUAAUAUUUAUUUUCUUUAUUAAAAAUAUAGCAUGUUUGUAUGUAUGACUUAUUAGUCAAUACAUCCAUUUAUAUUUAUUUUAUUGAUAAAUAGUCGGAUUCAUAUAUUUACAUUUAUUUGUCAUUUCUAUCUAUAGAGAGGAAGGAUCUAAAGAAAAUGCAUUGCCAACACAUUUAGAAAGCCCAAGACUUCUCUGAAAGCUGAAAAGCUUUCAAGGUCACUUCAACCUGCCAUUCCUGAAGUGGAUGUUGAUUAUUUCAAAUACCUGAAACACAUGAGUUUAGUUUCCUCUGUUGCUGACUCCAAAUUUGAGCUCUUUCUUGUAUUGUGACUAUGAUUAUAUGCUGAUAAUGUGAACUAAGCCAAGGCAAUAAGUGUUUAACUGGUGCAUCUUCUUACUGAAAUCCCUUACCAAGUCCCAGAAUAAUAAGUUUUCUUGAUAUGAAGUGCCAAAAUUAAUGAACCUUUCACUUCUGGGUCCAUUGAUCUGUAAGAUUUAGGGAAGGAUAAAAUUACAGCAAUAUUUAUAAACCUAUCUCUUCUUUCUAUUUGUAAACUAAUGUGAUCCAGAGAUAUUAUUUGUUCAAGAUAGGCAUGCACACACACACACACACACACACACACACACACACACACACUGGGGGAGCAUUGAACACAACUAGUGAGAGUAGUUAAGAUUAAAAUGUAAUGGCCUCUCUCUCUUAAUCCCAUAAUUGUUCUCUUUGCAUUCCCACCUUACCAUAAAAGUAUGUCUGAGUGCCUAUAAAUGUGAAUGUCUAUUGGCAUUGCUUAGUGUCUACAUGAUGGUGCAUUCUGUGAAAAAACUUCAACCUUUGAAGGUAUGCAAUAAAUAAAGGGUAAAACUUGCUAAUAUUUCUUUCUGGUUUAAAUAUUUUAGGAGUUGAAGUUUAGUAGAUUAAAAUGGGCUCUCAUAGUAUUUAAGUGAAAUGCAACCAUCAAAAGGUACCUGAUUCUCAACUACUCCUUUAUUAAAUCCUAUAGAUUACAAUUCUUCAUAAAGAUAUUUCAUGUAAAAUAUGUAUUGAUUUUGCCUGUGGCUGGAUAUAAAAACAAAUAAUUAUGCCCAGUGAUAUAUUAUUAUAUUAUGGAUAUAAAAACAGAACAGACCAUUUAAAAUGUUUGAAUUCAAAAUAUCACAAAGCUAUAACAUCAAUGGUCUGAAUGUUUAAUUAUUAAUUAAAGAUCUUAUUAUUAAAAAUAUAUAAAUUUAUUUAUUAUAGGUUUUACUAAUAAGAAUAUAUGCUGAAUUCUUUAUAUCUAACAGUACUACACUCUGUAAAAGAAAAACUAUGGUAGUCACAUAUUUUAUAACAGCCAUAAAUUUGACAAUAUGAAGUAGAAACUGAGAAAAAUUAUCUUAGUGGUAAGCCAAUAUCAGCUUAAAAUGGUUAUGUUUACUAUAAAUGUCCUGAUAAUCCUAUAAUGUGCAGAAAUGAUAGUUCAAAAUAUUUCAUAUUAUCGAGGUAUAAUAUCAUAGAAUACUUAGGAAUUAUUUGCUGAACCUUUAAAUUAUUCCCUCCAAUUGGAAAUUAAAUAGGAAAAUAAUAGGAAACUUGUUUUGGCUUAUUUUAAAGCUAAAUUCCUUGGUUCUUAGUGGCCUUGAAAGUGAUUUUGCAUUAAUUAAUAUUUCCCAAACAAGUUUUAGGUCUUUCCAUUAUGACCUCAUACUUGAUCCUAACCUUGAGUUCCUUUUAACUCGGAUCCUAUUUAGGAGAACUUUUUGACAAAUUAUAAUUAAGCUUUAAUAAAACAUUACAGAAUCUAAAAGAUUAGCCCAAUGCAGAGAAGGAUCUCAACAAAUACUUGUUGAAUGAAUAAUAAAUGUCAUUCAUGGUCAUAAAAAUUUUAAAAUUUAGUAAUAGUACCAGCUUAUUGUUACUGAUUGGAGAUUCUGUUCUGUACUUAUUUUAUUGGUCAGUCUUGUGCCUACAUGAUAAUGAAAGACAUGAUAAUUUCUUUCUUUCUUACCAGAUUCUAAGACUCCAAAAGAAGUAACAUUGCAAGAAAUAUUACAUAGGAUUUGGAACUUGUAACAUUCUACUCAAAUAUUAAUAGCAUACCAACUGUUUCUAAUGGAAAAAGAAAAUGAGUAUUUAAGGAGAAUAUAAAGUACAAGCACUGUGAAGGGCAGAUAUUUAUUACUGAACCACACAGGGAGAGAAAUACAGUUUAUUUCCUCCCUAACUCCCUGACUGCAUUCUGUUGUAUUACAAACAUCAAUCAAUUAAGAUGAUUUUGUUUCUCCAGAUUUCUCACAUCCAAAGAUUUUGUAGCAUUUUAUGAGUGGGUAAACUCCACUACUAUCCAAAUUGUAUUCCUUCUCAGUUAUUCAUAUUCAAUGCAUCUAUAUUCAUAAGAUCUUUAUAAAAACAUUUAACAGAACUUAAAUGAAAGAUAUUUUGCUAAAUCAUAAAUAUGAAUAAUGCUACUCUGGGUUAUUAGUUCAACAAAUUGCAAUUUUGAGGAAGCCACUUAACCUUUCUGGACCUUUUUGUGUGUGUAUUUCUGUCCAGCAUUACUACUCUCUAAUCUAAGAUCUAAAUUGAUUCAUGCAUGAAUUUGAAAAUGAAAUUUUGAUGACCACCUCAAAAUAAUUUUUGGACAUAAACAUUUCUAAGAGAUUUAUUUACUGUUUCUCUGUAUAAACAGUUAAAGCAUGAAACUGAUUAUUUAAACUAAUGGGUGGAAAAAAACAACAAUCUUGGUUCUUUACUGGAGUGGGGAAUAUAGCAAGUGUUCAGUUAACUAAACGUCCUUCUUUAUCUUUUUCCUCCCUGUAAUUUCCUACCCAUGUCUUUUGUAACUUGCUAUUCACUGAAAAUUUAAUUCUUUGAAGAAAAUCAAACAUAUACUGGGAAUUAUUUUAAAAUAUGCAUUUGAUGGCACUAUUCAAAUUCUUAUUUUAAUAAUCUGAAACAUUUAUUGAUACACAAAAUUCAUCCUAGGUAUAAUUUAAGUAAGAUAGAUUUAGUUUUGCUAAUUCACAAUUAAUAUAUGUUCAUGUUUUGAUUUUCUUUGAAAAUAUUUUGAUUUAAAAAGAACCUUUCUCCAGUGUUUGUUGCCUUCUGUCAAUAUUACUCAAAGCAUGGUUCCUAGGUCACCUAACCUAGGGUCACCAGAGGUGAUUACUAACAAUACAGAUUUACUGAUUCUUGGGCCCUACAGGUCCACAUAAUUGGAUUCUCUUCAAAUAAGUAGGAGGGAAACAAAAGAACCCCACAUUAUUAAAAAAUACAUUUCCUAAGUUAUCCUGUGCCUUCUAUAUAGUUGCUGAACCAUCUUACCUAUCAUAAACCAGUCGUCCUCAAACACAUAUGUGUUAAGAACUUCCUGGAUCAGCUGCACAAGAGUCAUUAGAAAGAUUAUUUAUAAUACACACUUUCUGAUACUCUGGAUUGGAGAUGGGACAUGGUAUGUGUAUGUUAAAAAUAUCUCCAGUUCUGAUGAGCUGGCACUUUUAAAGACUACAUUCUGCCUAUUAAACGAAAAUUAUUUUAUACUUAAAUGACGAGAUGUUGCCUUUACUUAGUUCACCUGAAUUCUUUUUAAAUACAUUAGAGAAGUAUUUCUCCAUUUCAAGAUCAAGAACAUUCUUUAUGUGUAAUAUUUUAUGCACAAGCACGGAACUCAUUAACUAAUUCUGUGAUCUAGGGCAGGUUAUUUACAGUCUCCAGACAUUCUUUCAAGUUGCAAGUGGCUGAUAAUAAUAGUUCUUAAGUCUGGAUGCACAACAAAAUCAUCUGGAGAGUCUUUAAAAUUGCUAGAGCUCAAGGACUAUCUCUAGAGAUAAGAUCCAAUUAGUUUGAGGAAGGACCCAGCAGGAAGAGUUGUAAGGAAUGAAUCCACAGGUAAUACUGAUGGUAAGGUCACCUCUGGGAGCCCCCUCUCCACUCAUGGGAAGUCCUUAGCCUGGAGCAAUUGUUAAGAAAGGAAAGGAAACAAAAGUGUGAGAAUAUAUAUAUAUAUAUAUUCUCCACUCUUUUUAGGUUUCUAGCAGCAUGUUUUUAAUUUGCAACAUACAAGACUGGACUAGGCAAUAAUUAUGAUUCUUUGAAGGCACUAAACUUCAUGAUUCUGUGAUCUGUUUAUCCAUUGCUUAUAUUUAAGAGACCGCUUUCCUGGGUUCCAAAGUCCUCAAUUGAUAGGUAGAAAGAUAAAUUGCAAUUAGGGUAUGAUAAUGAGUUAAAGCAUAAAGAUUUUUGAUGAGCACAGAUUUAGAAUUGUAUCAGUGUUUUGCCAUUCCCUAGCUAUGUGCAAGUUACUUAAAUUCUCUUAGCCUCAUAUUUUGCAUCUGUAAAGUGGAAGCAGAAUACUCUUGAUAUGUUCUUUGUAGAACAGAUGAAAUUAUUUUCAAAUGAUUAGUUAAUAAGUGUUCAAUUAUUAUUAUUAUUAUUAUUAUUAUUAUUAUUAUUAUUACUGAUGCUUGGGAUAGAACUCAGCACCUUGUUCAACUAGGCAAACAUUCUACCACUGAGCUAAACCACUAGCUAUAUUAUCUUUUAUUAUCUUUUAUUUUUAUAAAAGAUAAUGUGAGAAGCCCAGAACCUUAUCUUCAAUUUCAGAUCUAAACCCUGAAGAUGUUAAAGUGGGCAGUUGGUAAGAAUUACUGAAAAUUGAGCUAAAGGAAUAUCUUAAAAAAAAAAAAAAGAGUGUGGAAGCAUGUAUUCACAUCUUCUGUAAUUAAUAGAAGAGUGUGAGACUGGCAGCAGAGAUGACUAGGCAUUAUUUGCAUUAUAAAACACAUACACUAUUUCUUAAAAUAAUUGAACUCAAGCAGCCUGAUUUUUCCCUUCACUGUUAUUAGCAACAAGUAAUUAAUAGUCAAUUUAGUUUAUUAUCUGUUGGUAUAACUCAAGUCACAGAAUGGAAUAGCAAGAAAAUUCUUGGCAAUCAUUUCUGGUAAAGAAAUAGACCUAAUCUGACCUAACUUUCCUAUGUACCUAUAUGAAUAUACCACAGUGAAUCUCACCAUCAAGUACCUCCAUAAAACACUAAUUUAAAAAAAAAUUAUUAGUAAAUAGCAGAAAAAUCUGUAGAGUAAAGGGGAAGCAUUGGGGACUGAAUUAGAACAAAUUACAUCCCAUGCUUUUAUAAUUGUGUCAAAAUGAAUCCUAUUGUCAUGUAUAACUAAAAAUAAACAAUAAAAUGUUUUAAAAAAGAAAUAGGCCUUAGAUAUAUCCAACAACUUGACUUCAUUUCAGCUGUCCACAAACAGACAGAAUAAAUAAUGUUUGUUAGAAAAGUGAAUUGAGUCUCCAUCCACCUUUUCUAAAGCUAAUAAAAACAAAAUAGCCACUGGAUUCAGGGCAUACCUGCAAUCCCAGCAUCUGGAGAGACUGAGGCAGGAGGAUCAUUAGGUCAAGGCCAGCCUCAGCAAUUUAGCAAGGCCCUAAGCAACUCAGCAAGACCCUGUCUCGAGAUUAAAUAUUAAAAAGAGCUGGGGAUUUGGCUCAGUGUUUAAACAACCCUGGGUUCAAUUCCCAGUACAAAAUUAAAAAAGAAAAGAAAAAGAGCCAAAAGGUUUUAAACUCUAAAGGCAUAAAUUCCAUAAACAGGAUUGUAUUUGCUUAGUGAGGCAGAAAUAAAAUAGAUCUUAGCCAGAUUGUGAUUAAGACUACUCUAAUGGAUAACUUCAUAAUACACAGAAUUUCAACGUAAAAAAUCUCAACCUUACAUGUGGACAUUUUUUAAGUUUAACUAGACUAAAACAAAAAGGUUAACUUAAGAACAAUUUUAAUUAAUAAGUGAAAAAAAGAAUAAUCUUAAAAAUAAUAUUUUAAUUAAUUCUUAAUUGUGUUUCUUUAAAGAACAACAGAAAUGUUUAUUAUUUCAAUACAACAUUGGAAAAGUUCAAAAAUUGAUUUUUUAAAAACUUUCUGCAACCAAUAAUUUUGACUUAAUUGUGAAUGUGAAGAAUAUUAAAUUAGAGCUUUCUGGAAUUUCAUUGUGAAAAGACAAAUGUGAGUAAAUUUUAUCUGAAAAAAAUGUUAAGAGUGAUAUCUACAGUGUGAAAUUGUAGAGGUAUAUUAAUUGGUUAACUUUUCUAUUCAUGGCUCUAUUUCAUUUUGAUUAAUGAGGGUGAAAGAGAUAGAAAAGCAGACUUAGCAGAAAUGGUACCCAAAGACUCAAUUAACAACUCAGGACUACUCAUUAUAUAAGAAAUAUGUGCCAGACUUACAACAGGACAUCCCAGAUCUUACACUGGCUCAUUAGACACCUCAGUCUCCCAGUUGAGAUAACACUAAAGAUGCCAUCAUUGUCCACCAUGAGAUUGCCAAAGGAGAGCUUCUCUGUGGUGGAAUGCAGGACUUCAGGGACUUAUAAAGAAACUACAACUCACUCAGAGUUUCUUCUUCAAGAGCCCUGAGCAAAUCAAGAAUAUUUGAUUGUCGGUAUAAACUGGAAGCAGUUUACAUUUUAGAAAACAAACUAUUUAGAAAAAAUAUUCAUUAUUUAAAAAUAAUUAAAGACCAAAAAUUAUUAUACUUUAGACCAGGAGUUUACUUAGAAAGAAAGAAAACAUAUUUCAGGUUAUAGAUGAUCUACAGUCAAAUCAAUGAGUGCUUUGGAAGACAGGAUAGACUAAAUGCCAUUUUUAAAAAGACAAUAAAACACUAGUGGAAAUAUUGAUGAGUUUUUAUCCUUAAAUAAAAAUUUAAGUCUUUAGAGCUUUUAUCAUUAUGAUAGCCCUCAAAACAGAUAUGUUCAUUCAUAUGCCUUCUCUCUCUCACUCCUUUUAAGUGUUAUUUGGUAGGCGUUAGCAACAAUGGAGUAAUUGUGAUGAUAUAAAAAACAAGAUUUCUAAAGAGCCCCUAGGAAUUAAAUCAUAUAUGAUAUAAUAGUAAAAAGUAAUAUUUGCUUGCAUAAAUGCAACUGAUCAAAAUUGUUGAAUAAAAUUAUUAAUCAUUUUCACUGUAAUAAUGUGAUUUAUUCUUAAUCUGAAACAUGUGAAUAUAGUAAAGGUUUUAAAAUAGAAAAAGUUGAGUCAACAAGUCUAUAUCUAGAAUUAGGUUCACAAAGCUUCAGAAAGAAGAAAAGUGUCAAAAAAACAACAACAACAACAACAAAAAGUGUAGUAAACUAAGGAUCUGAGACAGGUUCUAAUUUCCAUAAUCUAUUGUGUAAUUUCUGAGCAACAUAUAUUUCAGCAGUACACUGAGGGUGAUGGAUUGUCCGAUAGAAUCCCCUGAGAACUCUUCAUAAAGUUUGACUUGUUAAUUGGAAAUUCCAGUUUGGUUAUAUGGGCUGCUACAUAUUCUUCUAGACUUUUCCUUCCCUCUGCUCCCUUCUGUGUGGCCAUGUCACUGUUCUGCAGGAGAUGAGAAAGGGUAGACUGAAUUUCACAGAUAGUCACUCAAAGAUCUCUGAUUAAAGUGUUGCUGAGGAAGAAUUCUGUAGUGAAGCUUUGCAAAUGAAGAAUUGGGACUUUGCAGGCUUCUUCUUGAGUCCAUGCCCUCAAGAUCACACGUACAGAUGAACAUAUGCUGAUAUCUUUUAUCAGUAGUUCAAGUGUAACUUUGAAUUAAAGGACUUACACUCAAGUAAUGAAGGUCAAAAAUGACUACGAUGGAACAAAAUGUGCCAAUUCUAUCCAAUAUGUGAAUUGUAAGGGUCAGAAAUCCAUAAACAAUUUGGAUUGUAAUCGUAUGUUUCAUUAAUGUAAUGUAAUUUUGCACUAUUGUAUUGUCAUAUAUAUAUUAAAAGACUCUUAAAAAAUACCCUGAAACCUAAUGCCAAAUGUACAGUUUAUAGGUUCAUGUUAUUUCUGAUAAGAAUUUAAUUGCAUUAUGCUAAUAGUUGUUUAAUGCCAUUAACUUUCUGUGGGUGUAUCAUUGUGAUGCAGAUGUGAUAAGGUUGUUGUAAGCACAUUAAUUAGUCAUCUGAAUUUUUAUAGAUAAAAUCAUACAUUGAUCAGAUAUCACUUUUGUACUUAUUUUUUUGUAGAGUAUUUUUUCACACUUGAAAAAAAACAUGUUUAUUUUAUAUCAAACAUCAGCUUUUCUUUAAAAUCUUAUUUUAGUAGCCAAUGCAUGUUUUAAAUAAGAUGUUAAAUAUUAUAUGACAAUAUUAAGAUUGUGUUUAUAUUAGGCAAAAAAAAUACGCAUGCAAUUGGUGAAUCAUGCAUCUUUUGGGGGGAGGGUUUACACUGCCAACUCACACACAGGCUUCAUUUCAAUCUGUGUGCAUGAUUCACAUCCUUACAAGUCCUUUUGAAACAUUCUGUAAAAUGAAGAUGUUAUUCUUAGUGCUAAUGAGCCAAUAGAUAAUGCUGCUUUGACUUUUUUUUUCCUUAACUUUGCAGCAUAUUGUACAAGUUUUCCCAAAAAGUUUCUUCCUGGACUUGUUAACAAUAAAAUACAACAAAUAAAAGCAUUUAUUGGUAAAUGAUACCAUUUAUAAUAUAGAAAAAUAUUAUAAAACAUGAAGAGGUGAAAAAAAAACUUAUCUUUACCAUGUGAAAAAAACCUUAUCUUUACCAGUUUCAUUCUAUGAACAAAAUAUUGUGGCAGCUUUGUCUAUAAUCAAGAAUGGUGUAUUUUUUGAAAUUUAUUUAUUUUACACUGCCAAAAUCAGUACUACUGCCAAGAGGGAAAAAUGCUUGAGGUCUGGUUUGCACAAUACUAGAGGGCGAUAACUUAAAGCAUCAUGCAAUACAGAGAGCCAAUCAGUAUAAUUGGCAGGGGAUAAAAACGGUGGUCUUAGCUUUUUUUUCUUAAUGACUUAAGAAAUUUCUAAAAUGUAUAAAUAAUAUGAAUUCUGGCUAAGAUACAUGACUUUACAUGCUGAUAAUUGAUAGGAAUCUUUGAAAAUGACAAAGAUCAUUCUAUUAAGAGAAGGGUGUUUUAGUUGUGUGUGUGUGUGUUAAUUUGGCUGUUUAUUUUUAGAAAAUAUACUUGUGUUUUGAAAGGUCUUAAUUUCAAACAGGAAAUAUGUGUAGGCCAACUGUUCAUUCCCCAGAUGAAAUUAGUCAUUGAUCAUAAAUAUCAAGGCUAAAACAUAGCUUUUGGUAAUUUAAAAUACCAAGAUAAGCAUUUAUACUGUUGGAAGGUAAUUUCAUUGCUAGGUUAUUAAAACAGUGGGAAUUCUAUUUAUGCAGUUAUUUAUUUAUUUAUUUAUUUACAGACGAUUGGUUUCUUUUAGUUCAAUUUUAAAAGCUUCAGUGAAGUUAAUAUAAUGGUAAGAAAAGUUGAUUGUAGCUACUAUUCCAAGUGAAAAUGAUAUCACCUAAUCUUGCUGUAUCCUUGGAGUAAAGCAUUAAUUCAAAAGAUGAGCAGUCAGUCCUAGCAAUGCAAAGGCCAACUACAUGAUCCAAGCUAUUGUGAGUGACAUUCAGCAACAUUGAUCUGGGCUCUUAGUUUGAUACACAUCAUUUCCUUCAUUGACUCAUCCUGUAAAUAACAUAACACUUUAUGGCAGCUAAGCACUUGUUUUAAUAAGCCAUGAAAGGCAAGAUGCCAUAGGAAAUCUGUAUAUUCCACUACUUGGAGAACUGGUACUUUCCACAAUUAAACUGGAGGUGCCAUUUGAAAGUCCUUUCCCUUACAAAUGCCAUCCCAGUAUAUAUUCUGGCUCAUGAUGUCUUUCUGGGCUUAUAAAUAUAUGGUGUGACUGCUGUAAUUUUGUGAAAUUUUGGUUAGCACUAAAUAAUGACUACUGCAAUCUGUGCUGAUUCCAAGGCAGAAAUAAUCGUUUAAGAAUUUGAGCCUGUUGUGUGUAAAAAAAAAAAUAAAAAAUAAAUAAAAAUCUUUUUCAUCGGUCGUAUUUCCUAUAUUCAUUGUAAGUACCUCACUGAUUUAGCACUGGAAUUAUUCCUUGGAUGUGUAAAUAAUGUUUUAUUCAGGCCUAAUGAAUUCCUGUAAUGUGAAUAUUUAAAAUAAAAGACUUCAAUUUAAAUGUA